AUGAGUAGCAUCAAGCAUCUUUCUUCAGCUGGAUCCAUGAGGGGUUUGGGAGGUUCUAGUGUUUCCCGUAUGUCAUCUGUACGCUCCAGUGCAUCUUUCAGAGCACCAAGCAUGCAAAGUUGCGGCAUCGGCAGUGCUGGAAGCUAUGGAUUUGGAUUAGGUAGUGCCGGAACAUGUGGAUCCAGUUUCGGCUAUGGUAGUUCUAGUGUCGUUUCCGCAAGGGAAGACAUCCUGAGCACCAAUGAGAAAGAAACCAUGCAGGUACUGAAUGAUCGGUUGGCGUCCUACCUGGAUAAAGUGCGCUCUUUGGAAAUGAAAAAUGCCCAACUUGAUAAGAACAUUCGAGAGUGGUACGAAAAACAGGUCCCUUACAUGUCCCCUGAUUUCCAACCAUACUUCAAGACUAUUGAAGAGCUUCACAAUCAGAUCCUCCAAGCAAGCAAUGACAAUGCUAACAUCCUGCUUCAGAUUGACAAUGCUCAGCUCGCGGCAGAUGACUUCAGGACCAAGUAUGAAAAUGAAGCAGCUCUCCGCCAGGGGGUAGAGGCUGAUAUCAAUGGCCUACGUCGUGUCCUCGAUGAUCUUCUGCUUGUUAAGAAAGAUCUAGAAGGACAGCUCCAAACCCUGACUAAUGAGUUGGCCACCUUGAAGAAAAACCACGAAGAGGAGGUAAACAACCUGCGUUCUCAGCUGGGAGCAAGAGUCAAUGUAGAAGUAGAAGCUCCACCUGCCUUAGACCUGAACAAAGUGCUAACAGAAAUAAGGGAUCAAUAUGAGAACAUAAUGGCCAACAACCUACAAGAAGCCGAGAAGUGGUUCUUAGAAAAGAGUGAAGAGCUGAACCAACAAAUGACAAGCAGCGCCCAACAACUUCAGACAUGGAACAGUGAAAUCAUCGAACUCCGUCACACAGCCCAAACCUUGGAAAUAGACCUUCAAGCUCAGAUCAACCUGAGAGAAAACUUAGAAAACGCAUUGGCUGAGACCGAAGCUCGGUACAGUUGCCAACUUGCCCAACUUCAAGACAUGAUAUCUAAUGUUGAGGCCCAACUUGGUGACCUGAGGUCUGAUCUGGAAAGACAAAACUUUGAAUACAGAUGUCUCAUGGAUGUAAAGACACAUCUGGAGAAGGAGAUCUCAACCUACAAACAACUUCUUGAUGGAGAAGACCUGACGAGAGGCUCAAUUUCCCGAAACACAACAAUGAUUUCCAGUGGUUCAAGCAACUCAGUUAAUAUGGGAGGCAUGGGAGGAAUGGGAGGUAUGGGAAGCAGGGGAGGCUCAGGAAGCAUGAGUGGCAUGGGAGGCUCAGGAAGCAUGAGUGGCAUGGGAGGCUCAGGAAGCAUGAGUGGCAUGGGAGGCUCAGGAAACAUGGGUGGCAUGGGAGGCUCAGGAAGCAUGGGAGGCCUAGGAAACAUGAGUGGCAUGGGAGGAUCAGGAAGCAUGGGAGGAAUGGGAGGCUCAGGAAACAUGGGAGGCUCAGGAAGCAUGGGAGGCUCCGGAGGAAUUAGUGGCAUUGGAAAACCAAGGAUCGUUAUUGACGAUGUUAAAGAAACCUACUCCCAGUCCAAGAAUUAAACUAGAAAAAGUUUACUCUAAACCUCUUAACUUUAUUUAGCUUUGAGCAACUUCCAUUUAUUCCUCUUCCUACUCUCUGUCCUCAGCUCUACUCUUGGGCGUUGAUCUUUGUCUAUCGUGUCACCCUUGUACUACAAACAAUGUCAUCAUCAUUUUUUUAUAUUUGUUUGUUUAUCGAUUGUCUACUCCAUGUUGGGGAUAGUCAGACUCUGCAGAGAAUGCUUCCUACCUAAUUAAUAAUA